AUGUAUGAUAUGCAUUUUUAUUGAGUUGGUAUCGUUGUUCCAAUGAUAAGGAGGUCGGUCUUUGUUUGGAAUAUAUCUCUUGGGAUUGGCAUUUGUCUACGUUUGGGGGAAGAAGCUUGUCUCAACUUGGUCUUUGGGAUAUAAUCCUUUUGUUUUCAAAAGGCCCCCCCAAGUUUUUGCUUCCCACUACAGCCUUAUCAUCAUUCCUAUGUCUUUGAGGAUUUGUUAGCUGCUCAAAUUGGGCAUAAUCUCUUUUCUCUAGCUACUGAAGUGUCCUGAGACAGAGGAAGCAAAGUAUGGCCACCUAUUUCCCAAAUGCAAGCAAUCAAAGAGAUUGCUUGCAAACUCCAUAUUUAGGAGACCAGAAAUUUGCUUCAUAUUCUGAAGCGCCUUUCCAUCCUAAUAACAUAAUGAUGUACAUGAACCAAGCUUCUUCUGGAUCCUACUCAGACAUCUUGUCUGGGAGUUCUCUACCUCCUAACUGUGAUGAAUCUGUGGGAGGCAGAAAUGAGAUGAUGUUCAUUCCACCUAUAGAUAAUAGAGAAAGCAUGCAAUCCAUUGAUGCAAGGUUAAAUGCUGUAACAGGUGAUCACCUUGGAAACUCUGUUACUGGGAAUUCCCAGGUGAUUCCAAGGAGGCAGCUGGGAGUUCCAGAUGGUGAACAAAAUAUUCAGUCUCAGGGAUUAUCUCUUAGCCUUUGCACACAAAUGCCAUCUGCGGUAUCUGUAGCUUCAUUUGGUAGUGAGUAUCCAAACCCAGGUCUCUCUUCAUUCUUGGGAAACACAUCUUGUAAAGGUGAUGAGAACAACCGAUACAAGGAUUUGAGAAGUGCAGAAUGCCUGCUAUCUGGUUUUCCUGGAGGCAGCCAUAACACUACUAAACCAGAGGCAUUGUGCAAUCCUCAUUCCUCAAUGAACCCCAAAGAGAUGCUCUGUGAUCAAUACCUAUAUGAACCAUCAGCUUUUGCAACCACAAUUUUAAACUCAAGGUACCUCAAGGCAUCACAACAUUUGCUUGAUGAAGUGGUUAAUGUCCGAAAGGCUUUGAAACAGCGUGGAUUGAACAAACAUCAAAUCCAGGGGAUUGGUUUAGAUGUCUCUAAAGAGGCUGAUGGGAGAUCUAAUACUCAAUCUGUGCAGAUGUCUUCAGACCCUGGUGAGUCAACUACUAACUCCUCUUGUGAGCUAUCACCUGCAGAACGACAGGAUCUUCAGAAUAAGAAGACAACACUUUUGUCCAUGUUAGACGAGGUGGAUAAAAGAUACAGACAAUAUUACCAUCAGAUGCAAAUUGUGGUGUCGUCUUUUGUCAUGGUAGCUGGGUGUGGGGCGGCGGAACCAUACACUGCUCUUGCACUUCAAACAAUUUCCCGUCACUUCCGCUCUUUACGUGAUACAAUUGCUAGCCAGAUUCAAGUGAUCCAGAGAAGCCUUGGGGAGCAAGAUACUUCACCAAAUGGUCAAGGAGGAAUACCUCGUCUCCGCUAUGUAGACCAGCAGCUCAGACAACAAAGGGCUCUUCAGCAGUUUGGUGUUAUGCGACAUGCUUGGAGGCCUCAAAGGGGACUUCCAGAGAACUCUGUUUCAAUUCUCCGUGCUUGGUUAUUUGAGCACUUCCUUCAUCCUUACCCAAAGGAUUCAGAGAAAAUUAUACUCGCAAGGCAGACAGGCUUGACCAGAAACCAGGUUGCAAACUGGUUUAUCAAUGCGCGGGUGCGCCUUUGGAAGCCCAUGGUUGAGGAGAUGUAUAAAGAAGAGUUUGCUGAAUCUGAAAUGAACUCCAAAUCCUCACCAGAAAGUGCACUGAACGUACCAAGAGAUAAUUCCUUGGCAUCUGAGGAUAGGGGGGAAGAGUUGCAAGACAGUGUGAUAUCCACAACUGCUGAUAGUGUCCACCUAGGGCAAGCCUAUGACUCAAAGUCUGUUCAUAUCCCCAAUGUAGAAAUAAAUGGGCAAUCUGCAAGGAUAGGUUUUGAGAGUAGUACUCACAGAGAUAAUGUUUUGGGGUCUGGAAUUAUGAAAUUACAGGGUAACCAAAGGCCUAAAGUGGAUGAUCAUAACCUUUAUUCCGAUGAGAUUAUCCUACCCCAACAGAAUGGUGGUGGGAGUCUUAUGGCUGCUGCUGCCACAUAUGAUAUGUCAGAGUUGGGUAGUUUUGUAGAUGGCAGCCAGGUGUCACUUGCACUGGAGUUGCGGCAUUGUGAAAAUGAUGGAUUUCCAAUGUCUGGUGGUGCCAAUUUAAGAGGUAAUGACACUGUAACUUCUUCUGCAGGGCCUGAAUCGCUAGAUUUUCAGUGCAUGGAUCUGGGGAAGCAACAUCACAGGUUCAACAAUCCCCAUAUGUUACAUGAUUUUGUAGUCUGAAACACUGCUUUCCUAUCUUUAUUGGUGAAAAUCAAUCUUGUCAAGAGAAGGAUCAUUGAAAAAUAAAAACAAAAAACAGAAAUAGAAUGUCCUGUGCUGUUUUUUUUGGGGCAUUGUUCACCCUUCUUGCUUAUUGUUUGAAGAUACAGAAAACCACUAGCAGUACAAAUAUACAUGUAGAUACAGGAAUGAUUCCCAAUUGUAAAUUGUAAUAUAACAAAAAGAUUGUUGGAGCUGUAGGCAUAUUUGUAUAGAUGAGAUGCAUGGGUAUUUUUCUGCAUUUUGUUGAAUAAGGAAUCUUGUAAAAGUACUUACAAUUGUGACAUUGAUGUAUCAUUUCCUAUGGAAAUAAAUGUUAUGUAAUAAUUGACUGA